AAAAAAGAAAAAAAAAAAAAAUGUUGUUGAAGAAUUCUCUAUUAAGAAUAACUUACACUCGACAGACUCUCGUACGACCUUAUUCAUUACAACGUAAAUCAUUUCCAAUAUCAUAUUAUAAUACUAUCCAUUCUCGUAAAUUAUCAAUUAUUGGAAUUAUAAGAACAAUAAUUGCACCUUUAUCAUCAUUUCUCUCUCAAUCACCACAAAAAGCGACACAAGAAUUGGAAUCUCAAGCAUUAUCAACCUAUGAAAAAAUAAAAUUACCAAUAACUCAUACAUUUAAUAAAACCCCUGGAUUUUUGGGAAGAGAAAAGGAAAUACUCGUGAUAAAUGAUUUAUUAAGUAGAGAUCCAAAAUUUUUGAUUGUAAAUGGUUCUGAAAGUGUUGGAAAAACCGCUUUACUGCGGGAAAUUUUAGCAAGUAACCAAUAUCAUGUGAUUUAUAUUGAUGCACGUGUUCCAGGUUUCGCGGAUGUUCGUUCAUUUACAACUGAGUUUGCAACACAUUUAGAAUCAUUUUUUAAUCAAAUUGUAUCAUACUAUCCAAAUUUAAAAGUAUUUCGAGAUGUAUCAAUUGCUUUUAAAAGUUUACGAUUGAGUGGACCUGAAAGUUUUGAAAUAAGACAAGAUGUUCAAUUGAAUGCUGAUUUUGUUGCAAGUCAAACCCGAAAUGAUUUGGCUAAAUUGUUGGAAAAGUUACGUAUUGGAUUAUUAAUGUAUCAUGAAGCUGAUCUUUAUGAAAAGAAGGAAAAGAAGGAAAAGAAGGAAGAAGAAGAAAAUAUAGAUAAAAUUGAGCAUCGGAUAUUCGAUUAUGAUGACGCAAGGCGAAAGAAAAUUCCUAUCAUAGUCUUUGAUGAAGCUCAUAAGUUGAGACAUCUUUUGAAUGAUAAGGAAGCUCUUCAAAUGUUAUUUGAUGCUUUAGUGGUAUUUACGACACAAGAUAGAUUAUGUCAUGUGAUUUAUAUUACUUCGGAUUCAUUUUACGAGAAAUUAUUGGCGAAAAAUAAUAUUUUACACCAUACAAAAUCGUUGAUAAUUGGAGAUUUAUAUCAAUCGGAGAUCAGCAAAUAUUUUCAUGGAGUUCUGGUACCAUCCAUUCCACAAGAAAUACGUGGAAGAAUUUUAAAAAUGGAAAAUGAUCUUCAUGGAAUUUUUGGAGGAAAAAUUUUACACUGGAAAUCAUUCGUUCAAGAUUAUAUUGUUUCUCGCGGAAAAUUGACAAUUGAAUCAUUUGAACCAUUCAUUCGAGCGAAACAUCAACUUACAUUACUUUCGAAAAAUUUACCACCUAAUGAUGAUUUAAUUCCUAUUGAUCCAAUUAUAAAUAUAUGUCAUUAUUUUAUUAAAAUGAAUAAGGUACCCUAUUAUCAUCUAUGUAAAGAAUUCACUCAAUCCGUGAUAGAUGCGUUAAUUGAGGAAAGAAUUUUAGAAUAUAGAUUGAUUGAUGAAAUUGGAGAUGUGAGCGAUAAACCUGAGGGUAGACCUUUUGUUAUACCUUCAAGUUGUUUAAUGAAGCACGCUAUGAAAUCUUUUGUAAAGAAGGGAAAUGAUGAUAAGAAUAAUUAGUAGAUAGUGAUAUUUUUAUUUGUUUUAAAUUAAGUUUGAAUUAGUAAGUAUAUAUGACAUACUAAAAAAAUAAAUUACAAAGCACGUGAUCUACAAUAUGAUUAAUAAUUUUUAUU